CAAUAGCUGAACUGUAACUGAACAACAUAAUCAUAAUUAAUUAAUUGUGUGUUGAUAACAAUAACUACAACAACAAAAACAUGCUAAAUAGUAUUAAAGUUGUGUAAAUUUCAUAAACAAUUUUUGUAAAAUUAAUUAAGUGCAUAAUUGUUAAAAUUAUCGACAAAUAUUAUACGCAAGGAUUUGCAAUAAAAACAACAGUAAUAAAAAACUAAAAGAAAGCAAAAAUUUAAAAUUUGUGUAAAUAAUAUUUUGUAUAUACUAUAUUCAGAGCGUUUGUGCAAUUGUUUAAAACGUAUUAACAGCAAUUAGAGAAAUUACAUUAAGAAAUAAACUAAUCAACAUACUAUAAAUCAAACAUUUGCAAAACAUUAAAAAGCCAAAGCGUGAAAAUUCAAAAGGCCGUGGAUUAUUUUGAAUUUUCAACGUUUUUAAUAAAUGUAUGUUAGUAAAUAAAAAAAUAAUAAUAAUUUUACAACAUAUAAAAUUUAAGUAAUUGUGAAAAAUUCAAGUGCAUUUUAAAAACUCAAAUAUAUAAUAAAGAAGUAGGUGCAUACAUACAUACAUACUUAUUUUGGUGAUUCAAUUAUUGAGUGUUAAUGAAGUGACUAAACGUGCAUUACAUUGAAGCAGCCACAAGCACAGCCACAACCACAACCAUACCUAUUUGCAGAUAAAAUAGUGGGCUUGUGUUUUAUUUGCAUAGCAUUAAAUUAUAAAUACAACAACAAUUCUGUGGAAAUUUUGGCAGCAAAUUUUUGUGAAACGGAAAAGUGCAAUGAACCACAAGCGUGUUAAUUGAAUAGAGCACACCAUUAAAAAAUCAAAAGUGAUCAAGGAGCUAAAAGUUUAUAUCUCAUUAAAAUUGUAUUAUAAAAAACAAUUAGGAAAAAAAUUAAACCAACAUUUUGCAAAUCCAGAAGAGAUUUUCCGGAAAAAAAACAUGUGCAAAUAUAUGAGUAUUUAUGUAAUUUAAAUUAAAAUUGAAUAAUUCAGUGACAAAACAUUACAGACACAUACACACAAAAAAGGCCAAAGCUAAAAGCAAGACAAAUCAGCAAUCUGCCACAGUUGCAGCAACAGCAAAACAAAAAAAUAAUUAAGUGGAAAUAAAUUGUGGUUUGCCUUGCAACAGACAAGAGAAGCAGAAGCACCAGCGGCGACGGCGACGGCAGCCAACUAACAACAAAUUGCAAUUGCAGUGAUCUAUCAAAACAACAAACACAUAAAAAACCAAACGUUACAACGCAGGCAAGAACACACACGCGGCAGCCAAGUGGUUGAACAAGUUUUUCUGCGCUCUUAAAUAGAUGUGUAACACUCUUGAGUUAAAUGUACACGUAAAAGGUGCACAAUACAAAGCCAAAAAUAACAACAAUAAAAAAAUAGAAAUCUCAAAGUAUAAGAAAUGAUAAGUAAUUUGCAAGAAAAAAACUAAACAGUAAGUCUAGAAAAAACUGGCAUAUCGUUUUUGAAAGACACUUAAGUUGCCCUUAGCAAACACAUUCACACGUACAAACAAUAGCAGUGGCGAAAAUUUUCUCAAAACUUACAACAAGUCCACUCAAAAGGGUGAAGUCUGUGACUUGGUGGCAAAUUACCACACGCUACGUUACUCAACUCCAGUUUCACCACACUUAACGCGACGCCAUUCACCACACGGCGCACAAGCGUAGCACAGCGGUAGAGCAAAAAUAUUGUGCGAGAAAUUCAAUUAAAAGCCAAAGCGAGUAAGAAGUGGACACAACAACAAAGCAAUAAACAAACUUCAAGCGAGCGAGAAACUCUUACGAAGGUGAAGCAACAACACUUGUGGUUGUUAUUGUAUAUUAAUCUACACGGAAUUAAAGGAAAGGCGCGCAACAAAAGUAACAGCAACAAGUAAAAGCAAAAUGACCUUGCCGACAACAACAACAGUGAACGGUUGCGACGACGAUUCCGAUAUGUUUGGUCCGCCACGUUCCUCGCCCAUCGGCUAUCAUCAUCAUCGCUCGCGUGUGCCCAUGAUAUCGCCAAAGCUGCGUCAACGCGAGGAACGCAAACGCAUAUUGCAAUUGUGUGCGCACAAGUUGGAGCGCAUCAAGGAUUCGGAGACGAAUCUCCGCCGUAGCGUGUGCAUCAAUAAUACGUAUUGUCGUCUAACCGACGAGCUGCGGCGGGAGAAGCAGUCACGCUACCUGGCGAAUUUGCCGAGAUCUGAUAUCAAACCGGAGAGUGCACGCGAUAAUAUUUUUAAUCCAUACAAUAGCUGCGGCAUUGACAACUCCAAUCAUCAGCCAUCGAACAAAUCCGUCUGCAAUGAAGUCAGCAACUCUGCAUCCAACAAUUCUCUCAACCAUCUACGUAGUCACGGCAGCACGGAGUGCAGCAACGGCUGUGAACAGGACUUCAACGGCGAUGAAAAUAAUCUCAACUGCAACAACAGCAACAAACUACACUCGUGCACCAACGCUGACGUCAACAGCAGAAACAUCUCCACCAACUCCACCGCCAUCACCUCACACGCGACUGCCAACCAUACUACCGCCAACAAUGCCUCUUCCACCGCUUGCACGCACAGUACCACCUUCAACGGCACCACCAACACCGCCACUGUUCAUUCGUCAACCCUUUGCACUUCUGCGGGCCACAGUACACACACACGAAAACGUCAACUCUGUAGCAGCAAUCUCGACAAUGAUCUAGAAAUACUCGACCGUGAACUGAGCGCAAUCAAUGCACCAAUGCCACUCAUUGACCCAGAGAUCACACAAGGUGCUGAACAGCUCGAGAAAGCUAUCUCGUCCCGGAAGCGUUUGCUCAGCGAGGACGAAAGCGAUCGUUUAGUGCGCGAAGCACUCUCCCAAUUCUACAUACCGCAGCAGCGUCUCAUUUCCGCCAUCGAAGAUUGUCCACUGGACGUGGUCAGCGUUGGAGGCGGCAUGGGUGUCGGCGUGAGCAUGGGUAUGGGGCCAAUGUCCCCGAGUAAACGUCAAAAGCUCGGUAAUGGCGCUAACGAGCUCGAGCUCGAAUUCGAUCUGAAUCAGAAUCAAAAGGAUUUUGAGGUAAUUAUGGACGCACUGCGUUUGGGCACGCCUAGUCCAACACCGAGUGUGGGCAGCGACUCAUGUGGCCAGGCAGCGAUGAUGAGUGAAUCGGCCAGUGUGUUCCAUAAUCUGGUUGUCACCUCAUUGGAGACAUGAAGGUAUCAGUAAAGGCAGAAAACUUGCGAGUUGCGCAGGAAUAGGGGACAAGAGAGAGAUUUGAGAUUAGGCGUUGAACGUAGCGUACAAAAACUAAACAGGUGUUAAAAAUCGUACGCCGCACGCUGACAGUCUUUUCACACUGUGAAUUUAUGCGGGUUGAAUGCAAUUUAUGCAAAUAAAAAGCAUUUUUUUCGAACGCAUUGUUAAGUAAAUUUAAUAUUUAUGUUAGUUAAAGAACAUUCUGAAAUUUAAAAUGACGUUAAAGUGGAGGCGGAAACCUACGUACAUAAUUUACAUUACAAAAAAUUUGGUCAAACACAAAAUAAGUGUGAACACGCCACAAUUUUGUUGUAACUAAAAUAGGCAAAGUGAAAAGCCCAUAAUUUUAAUUUAUCUUAAGACAUUUUUUACAAAUAUCAUUAAUAUUUAUGCAAGCAAAAGGCAUAACAAAAUGCAGAUACAAGUGCAUAUAAACAUAUAAUUAUACAACAUUUUAUAUGUACAGAUGUACGUACAUAAGUUAGGUAUUAAAAAAAAAACUAAAUCAAAGAAAAUGUAGUCAAACAGCAGACAGCAGGCAUACGUACUCAUAUAUGUAUGUAUGUAUGAUUGUAGCGUAAGCGAGUCAUGUGACAGUAACCAUACUUAUGUAGAGCUCACGAACGUAAAGUGACUUAAGCAGCUAGUGAAGAGCAGAAAGUGUCUGCAUUUAACAACACUUUUUCCAAAUUGCGCUUUGUAAUUUAAAAACACAAUCACAACAGCUUAACUGAAUUCAGAUUAUGCUUUAACUGUCAUAAUUGCUCAGCUCACAAGUUAAUUUUUGUUAGAGUAGACCUACAAAAUUUGCCAAAAUACUUUCAAAGCUUAUAUAACCGUUAAGUAGAUUUCUGCAAAAUGCAAAAAGAUGUCAGUUUCCUAGUCGAAAUGUAAACAAAGUAAUUCUUUUAUAAAAACGCGGUUUCACACGGCACACUGACUAUGACAUGACAAAUCAACGUCGGUCUGUAAAUGAAAAAUCGAAAAAGAAAAACAUUUACAACAGCAACUUUAAAAAGCAGAAGUGAUCUUUCGCCGUCAUUUGCCUCACGACCAAUGUUAUAGAAUAACCGUUUUUCGUUUUUUGAUAUAUGCGCCUUCUUUAUCAAAAAAUUUCCUUACGAAAACAAAAUUAAAAAAAAAGUAUUAUAAACUAAAAAAUGUUGCUAAAUUUCCCUAAAGUACACAUAAAUAUGUACUCUUAUGUAAAUUAUUACAUAACCUAGUUUUCGAGAGCACUGUAUUUUUUCUUAAGUUUUAUACAACUAUUAUGUUUUUUAUUUUUUUCGUUAUUCUCAUAAACUAACUAUAUGCCAUUAUUAUGCUUAUGUUUUAAUUCUAUUUGUUUACCUUACCGUAUUAUGUUCUUUGACUGGCAGCAAAUGUACAAGGCUUUAGCAAAUUUCCAAAUAAAAUUCGCCGUCACUUCGUUCAACCAACUCGUUUCAAGACCCCAACUUGCACAUCUGCAUAUCUUCGAAACAUGCAAAGAAGUUUGAUGGCAAAGCAAAAGAAAUCAAUAAAUUUUAAUUUCAAAAGUGCAAUUACAAUUUUUUUAUAAAACAAAUUUUAGAAAUACAAAUAAAUGCAAAUUAUACACAAAAACACCGUUAAGCCUAGACUUGCAAAUAGAAACAAAUAAAAAAUGUAAGCAAUUGUGAGCUUUUACAAAUUUUGUGUUAACAUUGUUAAUAGAGAAAUGGCAUGCAUCGUUGUAAUAUUUUGAAGAAAAAAAAACAGAUUUAUAAUAAAAAAUUCCAGAAAAACGGUUUGAAGAUUUGUUUAUUUCAAAUAAUGGCUGUGAUAGUAUUAUUAAGUUAGUAUUAGUAAGCAAACAGGCAAAAUAAAAGGCAAAUCAAACAGAAAAAAGUAGUAAAGUGUAAAAAGGAAACAAUUGUAAAAAUAAAAACAGCACAACAAAAAAUUUAAAGAAAAAUAAUAAUUUAAGUAAAUCUUUAGGUUUAAUUUACAAUUAAAUAUUGAAACUUAUGAAAAAUAAAUACAAAAAGCAAAAUACUUAAUUUUUUAAGAUAAACAGUACACAAAGUAUUAUAAGUAAAAACAUAAAAAACAAAAAAACACGCAAAGGCAACCAUGUGAACUCAAAUAAAAUGAAAAAUACUUUUUUUUAUUCAUUUAGCUUGUUACACCUUUACAAAAUUCUGCAAAACAAAAGAAAUGAUGGUUUCAGCUCUUUAACUCGUAUAAAAUUUUUAACUAAAACACUAUUUGCAGUAUAAAAACAUUACUAAAAAGUACAGGGAAAGGUUGAAAAAUGCACAUGCAAAAUUGUAAAACAUUCGCAAACAAUACUAAGUAUUUAUUUUUGUGUUGUUGGCUUAACUCUGAGCAACUCCUAUGUAUCUACAACGUGAAACGGUUUCUUUUGCGGUCCGCUUCAUGACAGCAUAUAAACUAACAUUUUAGUUGCAAUUUAUUAAACUUUUGUGUUCCCAUUUUGUACGAAAAUACAAAAAUAAAAUCACGUUUUUAUAAUUGUUUGCAUAUUUUUCUGAACUGAAAAAUAAAACUUGUUCAUUAUUUUUUUCUUGUUUCUAUUAUCUUUAAGUUAAACUGCAAUGCAAAAUUAAUGCAUAAAAAACUAAAAAAAAAAAUAAACUACACACUACAUUAGUAAAAAGAAGUUUCUUAGCUGUUACUAUCUAGUUAUAGUUUUAAUUUUCUUUUUUAUUAAACAUACAUACAUAUAUAUGCAUAAAUGCUAUUAUUAUCAUUACAGUUAUUGCAUAAAUAAUUAACUUGUAAUUACUUAUAAUGUAGAACAAAUAAACUGCAUAAAGUUUACUUUCAUCAUAAAGAGAAAAUCUAAACAAAUUUACAAAAACAUACGCAACAUAAAAUUACAAAAAAAUAAAAAACAAUAAAUAAAAGUAUUGAAAUAUUUGUAAAAAAAAUGUUAUUUUUAUUUAUUUCCAUUGCGGCAUUGUUGCUCUCUAGAAAAUUGCUUUACUUAUCGUUGUUCUGGUAGCACACUGAUUUUGGCGCGUAUUUUGGCUAAGUUUAUUUUGGCAUUUGCUUUUGUGGCGUUUUCUAAAUACUUGACUAUAUUUAGCAGUUUUAGCAUGAACUUUCUUUGGCUUUCUUCUCUCGCUUUUUGUCGGGCUUUAAACUAAGCAGCUUUUUAUCUCAUUGCUUUUGAACUUUCAGCACUGCAUGUUGCUUAUUCUAAAGUGGGUACUUGAUGCUACACAAAUAUGUAUAUGCACCUUAGCUAGUGUGUAUUUUUCCAUAUUCACAUUGCAGUUGUUUAGUGUUAGUUUUCUGCAAUUUUAAUUACACCAGCACUUUCGUUUUCGACUUGCUAUACUACUUUCACGAAUGGAAUUGUCCUCCGGUUUAAAGUUGAUUUGCCUUCGAUAAUAUUCGACCAAAUUAACGCCGCAAAAUUUAUUUCACGCAUAGGAUCUGAAUCCAUACCAUACACGCUUAUGAUGCAUACGAGUAUAACCAUUUUAACCGCAAGAACCAAAAUUAUGCCCCAAAGAGAGAGAAUAUCUCUUUUUUUUUUGAAUUUCUUCUACAGAUCUAUUAUGGAGCAUGUCUAUUACGAUUUGUAGCUCAACUCCACAUCAGCAGCAAUUUUACAAUUUGAUAUUAUCGAUAAGUACUCAACCUGUCAACAACUUGUACAUUAAGUUGUUUAGUACAACUAUUUUGUGCUACUUUCGUAGUUUCGAGCACGAGACAUUAAUCUAGCUACCUUUGAAAUCCGAAAUCUGAUUCAUAAUUUUCGAAAACUCAUUCGUUGCCAUUCUGUAACUCGUUUCGAAACUGUAUAACACAUUUUGUUAUAAUUUCAGUAUUUUUACAAUAUGAUCAAUGAGCUUAAUUUCUGGUGUUGUAAUGAACUUUCUCUCAGAGCUGCCGAACUGUUUCAUAUGUAUUCCAGGUAUGAUUUACUGACAACUGCAAUAUCGGAUUAAUGGCACAACCAAACCGAUCUAAGGAAAGGAAAAUUUUAAAGGCGCCAUGUUAAUUUGAAUGUCAACAACAACAAAACCUACAAGCACGUUUUUUCUCAUUUUAAAGAAAAUAUUCGUACAUUAGAACGGUUAAAAGAAAGAAAAAACUUAGCUACACAUGUUUAUAAGUAUGUAUUAUAAGAUGAUUAUCGUUGUAUUUCAGUCAAAAAUCAAGUCUACGCUUACGAGUAUAUAAACAUUACUCUUAAAUAUUGACAGCUUACAUUUAUUGAUGAAAAUGUAGGGAUAUUAUGGAAUAAUUUUUGCAAUAACAUGAAGUCCGAUUUUCAUAAAAAUUGUGAAAUCUAGUUAAAAUUUAAAAAAUGUU